AUGAGGAAGGGACAUGAAAGCAGCAAAACUCUGAUAGAGGCUCUCAGGGAGGUCGACCCCUGCCUUCCCAGAGAGCUGAAGCUGUGGUUUUAUGGCUGGACGAAGAAAUCCUCCAGAGACAAAAGCUGUGAGUGCCUGUCCACAGCCAGUGUUAACGGGGGAAGUCUGUGCCGCUCGGGGUCCCAGACAGGAAUCUUCAUAGAAGGAUAUCCCAGGACUCCAAGCAAAGGACAGACUUUCAAUAAUGGAGUCUCUAAUUCUGUGCUGAACCAGCUGCUGGAUAAACUCCUUCAGCACGGUGCUAUGAUUAAUGAGGAGAUGCAGACAGCAAAGACGAAGCCCAGAGCAGAGAAAGCUCCAGAUGUGAUUGAUACUGUGAUGAGGAAGGGACAUGAAAGCAGCAAAACUCUGAUAGAGGCUCUCAGGGAGGUUGACCCCUGCCUUUCCAGAGAGCUGAAGCUGUGGUGA